CAGACAGGAGCGGAUUUGCUCUGAAGGGGGCGAAGAAGAAGACUAAAGACGGCAAUGGCUAAUGCUAGCUAAACGCCGAUGCUUUGGAAAUGUUCUCGUCGUGACUGUUUUCCUGUUUGUACUUUUUAAAACGAAUAUCAAGCUCGGUUCAGAAACACAAAUGCUCAUACUGUGAGAGAGCGUGCUGGAUUUAAGCGGUCAUGUGUGCUGUUUAGGGUUGUAGCGUGUAGUUUUUCGGGAGUUGUGGGGGGUUUUGUCAAUAAUUCGUGGAUCAACUGUCGGCCAGAAACAAACAAUCACAUCAGCGUGGUGUUUUUGGUCUACAGGAUUGUGAGAAUCAGCAGAAAUGGCAGCUCCCAUAAACAUUCAAACUCCCAGUAAGACAUGGGAGCUGAGUCUAUAUGAGCUGCACCGAACCCCUCAGGAAGUCAUUGUGGACGGGACGGAGGUUGCGGUGUCUCCUCGCUCGCUGCACAGUGAACUGAUGUGUCCGAUCUGCCUGGACAUGCUGAAGAACACAAUGACCACCAAAGAGUGUCUGCACCGCUUCUGCUCUGAUUGCAUCGUCACGGCGCUGCGUUCGGGAAACAAGGAGUGCCCGACCUGCAGGAAGAAGCUGGUCUCCAGACGUUCCCUGCGCAGAGAUUCCAACUUCGACGCUCUGAUCUCCAAGAUUUACCCGAGCCGCGACGAGUACGAGGCCCAUCAGCGCAGCGUCCUGGAGCGGCUCAACAGACUGCACAACAAGGAAGCGCUGAGCUCCAGCAUCGAGGAAGGCCUCCGCCAACAGGCCCGCUACAGGUCCGAGAGGAACCACCGUGUGAAGAAACCCACCCAGGAGAGUGACAACACCACUUUUAGCGGUGGCGAGGAUAAUGGAGAUUCUCGUUCGCACCUGUCCCACGACUCCGCCCCUUCAAAUGCUCCACACCCCCGUGGCCAAACCCCUCCAGAGGCCGGACCGAGCCGCAAAAGGGGGCGCGCCUCUGACGACGGCUCCGGGCCCGAGGCGGACAGCGGCAGCCCCACCCCCCCUUUGAGAUGGCGCAAAGAAGGCCCGGCGUCCGAGAUUGAGCUGGUCUUCAGGCCACACCCACAACUGGUACAAGCCCAGGAUUACAACCAGACCAGAUACGUGAAGACGACGGCCAACGCCACAGUGGACCACCUCUCCAAGUACCUGGCGCUGCGCAUCGCCCUUGAAGACCGGCGGACUGACGGGGAGCCAGAGGACAGAGCCAGGGAGGAAGCAGGAGGGGAGGAGAGAGGAGAAACCGAGGGGGCGUCCAAGAGCGGAGAGGGAAGCGGCCUGAACAACGUCAGCGAGAAACAGUACACCAUCUACAUCAUGACGAGGGGCGGGCAGUUCUCUACGCUCAACGGCUCUCUGACGCUGGAGUUGGUCAACGAGAAGUACUGGAAGGUCAGAAAGCCUUUGGAGCUCUACUACGCCCCCACCAUGGACCAGCAGCAACCCCAACCAGCACAGCAGAAGUCCCCGCCCCCCCAGAAGGAAGGAUGAGGAGCAGUCGGCCGCUUGCUUUUGUGACACCCCCCCCCAGCUUUUCACAGCCAAAACGAGCUUCGUUCCCCUGAAGAACUAGCAUUAAGGUGGAAUUGUUUGGUGAGUCAAACGUUUCUCCUGGAACAGCAAACUCACCUAAACUAAAAAGAGAAAACAGGAGAAUUGAUCUGCAGUGAAAGAACUAAGUGACCAAAAGGUGCUGAAUCAGCAGCUCCAUGGUGACGAACACAAACUGGAUUUUCCUCCCAGCUGCUCUUACUUUUGGAUAAUCUUGACCCUUUUCUCUACAGAGACAAUGGAGUUUCUAAUAUUUAGCUAUUUAUUUUUGGCAGCAACAUAUACUCAAACCAGCAUUUAUUUAGUUCUCUGUACUUAAAUAAGGCCACUGCAUGCAGACCUUUACUUUAUCAGACCAACUGUUCACGUUAAAUAGUUUGACUUUCUUUCCCGCUUCAAGUUGGCGUGGAACUGUUCCCUCACACGACCCGUUAACCGUACCCGACCACAUCCGACAAACUAAGGCACUUGUACAAACAGAAAAGCCAUGAGCCUUACGUUUGAAUCUUAGCUCCUCCUGUUUUGCACUUUAUUUGCUGCAGCCAUACUUGGUUUUGUUUAUGGGAUAUUUGUAAAAACUGAAAUGUUCCUUUGACACAAACUGUAUCUUCUCGGUAACGCAGUAAAUAAAACUACAAGUUCAAGAGUGUC